AACUUUGUCCCUCUCACCUUAAAGUUACACCCUCAAAGCCUUUUUUACAAUUCCACCCCUGGGAGGAAGGUUCUGACUGUCUAACUGAGAAGCUCAAGCAAAUAAACCUAAAGCAUGACACACAAAAAGAGAUGAGCUUUUUUCUACCCUAAAGGAAGUCAAUGGACAUAAUACAUUGAUAGGUUGGAUCAGAUAUUACGCAGAUAAAAUAUCACUUUCAUAUCUGGUGGUACAACUUGAAAGGGUGUCACCAUGUCACUAAUAGUCACAAUGGCAGAGUCAAGCUGGCUUGCUGCACCCAUUGAAAUACCAUGUGUGUCUUUGACCAGAGUGUCCAUAAUAUCACGUGUGUGCAAAAGUUGUAAUAAUCUCCAACGUAUUUCCACAAACACUGGAGUGAGUGAUGGUGUUAUAUGCAGAUGGUUCAGGUCUGAUGAAGAGAGUGGUCCUGGAACAAUGAUAGACUCCACAGUUUCACAACAGUAUGAACUGAAGGAGACUGACACGGGGCGGGAUGGGAAACAAUGCAACAAACCUUUUUAAAGUUCUGGAGCCCAGGAGAUUGCGUGCAGACAAAGGUUGUGUCUACUCUAGCAGAGACAUUGAUGAUCAGUCGGUCUCCACCAGCUGCCAACAUACACCCAGCUCAGGCUCUGAAGCUACCUUGGGUGAUGAAUGGUUUAACUAUGAGAUGCUUGAGUAUUACGCUCCAGUUCCUUGUAAGGCCAACAUUAGUCAAUCUACAAGAACCAACAGUGGAUGGAUUCAAGCCAACCAAACCCACCUCGGAAGAAAUGUAAUUGUCCCGAGACUUGCACUGCACAUGGUAACUAAAGAAAACAAAGCUCAGAGGCCUCCUUCAGCACCUGCUGUGUUUCUGUCAUCAGCGUUUGCUGAAACAGCAUUUGAAAAAGCUCCCAUAUUAGACAGAUCAGCCAUGCAGUCAAAUCUAGUCCCUUCCAAAGUACCUGGGAAAACUGAGAUGGAAGAACAAUCAUCAGUUGCUGCACAAGAUGUACUCAACACAAUAUCCACUUUACAUGUUGCAUCCAAAGAGACUGCAAUGGGCGCUGCAUGGUCUUCAUUUAAUGCACAGAAUGUUAUUUUUGAACCAAUUAGUAGAUUCCCAAAUACGUCUGUUCGAUCAUCAGCCUCAGCACCAGCCACCAUCCUAUCAAAACCUUCAGUGGAGGCUUUUUGCGAAGUGGCUGUCUCUGCAGAACCAGCAGCUGUUUUGCCAGAUGUAGUUGCUUCACACCCGACUCCAAGCCUUCAACCAGAAGACAUGGCUGGGCCAACGGCCGCGGAAUCUGCAGAAACACCUUGUCCAGAAUCAGCUGUCGGCAAUGACGCCUCCCUCACGGAAACCAAAUAUAAACAUAGUGAAGGAACUGAGGGAUGCCUGGGGAGGACUGGAGCACAACUGAUCGCAGCUCUGAAGUCAUGCAUCGGGUUGCGAGGUAACGGUUUCAUGGCCUACAGUGUGAGUUACAUUCUAAAAGACCCUAGCAGUCAGGAGCACCUGGUGCAGUAGAUGUGGUCAGCACACCUUCAAAUCUGCUGUAUUCAUCAUGGCAGGCUCUUCAUUUCCAACUGCAUCACUAAUCAGUUAAUUGCAGAGCAACUGCUCGGGGCAUUCGCUGUUCUCUCCAACCAUGAAUGUUGUAUUCGAGACGUAUCAAUGUAAAGUUAUUUUCUGAGAUCGCAGCUAUCACAAGUAAAGAAGCCUAUCCACCUGUCAUCUUGGGCAGAAUUCAAAGCAAAGAUUUGCAAACUUGAAGAUGCCAGAUUUGAAGAAAAAAAAUAUUUAAAACCCCCAGUAAUGCCCAACACUGUUUAGAAUGCCACUUUCUAUUCAAAUCCAACAGGUUCAGAAACUUCAUUGUUGAAAGUUUCAAUGCUCAAAGUGGACAUUUAUCCAAAACGUAACUAUGCCAUGGUUGAAAAUUGACAACUAUUUAAUUUAGAUACAAAUGAACGGUAAAGAUUAGCUGAGAAUGUUAAAGGCGAUAAAAAUCACUCUGAAAUGGGACAUAAAACUGAAGUACAAAUAACUGGUGGAUGAUUUGAAUAUUUACACAUUUUA